AUGGUGGAUUCAUGCAUCAACGAAUGCUCUGUGCAUAAAGCUGUUGCUCGAUUGGCGUCCGAAGAAAGCGUGCUUAAUAUUGAUGCCAAAGUUUUAUCGGUUCUCCGUUCGAAACACUCUGACGCACCAGUGGAUACGAAUUUUCCUGUUCCCGCAGAGAAUGACGUGCCCACGUUCGCGCCCAUCACGGCUGCGGAAGUUAUCAGUGCUGUUUUUAGCUUUCCAAGCGGAUCCGCGGGAGGGUUGGAUGGUCUCCGUCCACAACACCUCAAAGAUAUGCUGAGUUGCAAGGAUGCUGCCGAAUCUCAACUUUGUUCUGCAUUGUGUAAGCUAAUGAGUUUUAUUGUGGCUGGCAAGGUGCCGGAGGAGGUGCGACCUGUUUUGUUUGGCGCGAACCUGAUUGCCUUGUCUAAGAAAGAUGGCGGUGUUCGGCCUAUUGCUGUGGGUAACGUUUUACGAAGACUAGCUGCCAAGAUUGUCACAAAGCGAUGUGGUAAGAAAGCAAAGGAAUUUUUUACUCCUACUCAAGUUGGAUGUGGCACACGCGGUGGAGCGGAAGCAGCUGUGCACGCCGUUCGGAGUUUUAUAAACGAUGAACACGACGCCCUACGGGUUCUUUUUAAAAUUGAUUACAGAAAUGCUUUUAACACCGUCCGCCGUGAUGUUAUGUUGCAGUCUGUAUUAGAGCACUUUCCCGAAUAUUAUCCGUUUGUUUUGAGUGCGUAUGGAGCGCCAUCUACCUUAUCAUGCAAUGGCAGUGAGGAAGAUUUGUCUUCCGCCACGGGGAUCCAGCAGGGUGAUCCUAUGGGGCCAUUGCUUUAUUGCCUCGUUGCACUACUAUUCUGCAUUAGCUUGUCCUCGAAACUGCGGGUGUUUUUCCUGGACGACGGUGCACUGGGAGGUACGGUGGAAGAAGUGGCAAAUGACCUGAAAUCAAUCAUCGCCGCCAGCAGUGCCGCCGGACUGCAGUUGAACCCAGCGAAGUGCGAAAUGCUCCUGAUUGGUGGAACUGCUCAAGAACGCGAGGUGGCCAGGAACAGGCUGCAUUCAAUUGCUCCCGGUGCGAUUGUUUUGCAGCCUGAAACGGUAACGUUUCUUGGUGCACCAUUAACUGACGAAGCCAUAACCCACUUAUUGCAACAGAAAAUUGCUUCGUUGAAAAUUUUUAUAGAGCGCGUGCAGUUGCUAAACGCCCAUCAUGGAUUCUACCUCCUGCGGAACUGGCUGUCCAUCCCGAAGCUCAUGUAUACGCUGCGCUGUAGCCCUUGUUGGAAAGUGCCGGAGCUUCUGGAUGAAUUCGACAAGCACGUUAAAGAAGCCCUCGAAGAGAUCACUAACACCAAACUGGACGGACGUGUAUAUACGCAGGCUAUGCUCCCUGUUGCCAAAGGUGGUUUGGGUGUGCGACGAGCGAAAGCAUUGGCUCCUUCAGCCUUUUUGGCUUCCGUGUUUGCAACUCGUCAGCUGACAUCCCAGAUCUUUAAUGGCAGUAGCGAGCAGUUGGUCAAUGAUGCGUGUGAAUCUUGA